AUGCCGUGCACGAAUCGACCCUCUUUAGCGGUGGACAGUUGCGAUGAUAUUGCUACAGCGAACGCCAGCGGCGCAGACUGUCCAAGUCCCAAUCCGGCGUAUCGCCGGAGACAUUCGUCAUUCCAUCCCCGGCGAAAGAGUUUCUUAGAGACCGCAAUGGAGGGGGAAGAGGGGCUGCUGUUAAAGGUCGAUAUGUUCCUAUCCGAAUUAGAACGACGAUUAGACUUCCUAGAAAGUUACGAGCAUAUGUGUUUCGAUUCAAGCAUAUCACGGGCUUAUGCGACAUUAAAUGCAGUGCGAGCGAGAUGCUCGCAAGUAUCUGGAGAGAUGAUAGGUGCUGGAAGACGGAGGGCAAAGGUCAUGGUCGAGACGGUGGAAUCCCGAUAUCAGGACGCCAUGGCCGCCAAGGAGACGUUGAACGAGAAGGUACACGAGGGUAUCUUUCUUCUGGAGAAAAUGCUCUCGGACUUCGAGGCCAAAGCUCUCAAGAUGCGCGAACAAGGCUUUGCUAGCGCCGCUGGGAGUCUUAUGGACGAGGGCCGAAAGGUUGUCGAUGGGAGCUUCGAGCGCGCGCGUGAGGUGAUCGAUGAAGGGAUCGAGAGGGCCAUCAAGGCCACCGAGUCUCUGGAGGAACAUAUUGAGGCCGCCAUUGCGAGGGCUCGGGAGCACGGCCUCAUCAAAUACGAGGACCUCCCCAUCCCCUGGAGAGUCAACCCGCACAUCGUCAGAGGCUAUCGGUUUUCGGAUUCAAAGAUUGAAUGCGUACGGUCUAUAUUUGGAAUCUCGAAUGAGUCAGUUAACAUCUGGUCUCACGCAAUAGGCCUCAUGAUAGUCCUGGCUAUCGCAUUCUACUUCUAUCCCACGAGCGUCAAUUUCUCAGUUAGCACCAAAACCGACGUAUUCAUCGCGGCGGUCUUCUUCUUCGCCGCCUGCAAAUGCCUCGUCUGUAGCACAAUGUGGCAUACCAUGAAUAGCGUGGCCGACCAAACGCUCCUGGAACGAUUCGCGUGCGUGGAUUAUACGGGAAUUUCACUCCUGAUCGCUGCUUCGAUCAUGACAACAGAGUACACGGCUUUCUAUUGUGAACCGAUCAGCCGGUGUAUAUACAUGGCAGCCACUGCCACCCUUGGAGUUGGUGGAGUUAUCCUCCCGUGGCAUCCAACGUUCAACCGCUCUGAUCUAGCUUGGGCUCGUGUAGCAUUCUACGUGACCUUGGCAGCGACAGGUUUUGCGCCUAUAGCACAACUCAGUCUCACACGCGGUGCGGACUGGGCUUGGGAAUUCUAUGCUCCCAUCACAAAAAGCGUCACGGUCUACCUGGUCGGCGCCUUAGUCUACGCGAGCAAGGUGCCAGAACGAUGGUUCCCCGGUGCUUUUGAUUACUUUGGGGGGAGCCACAACCUGUGGCAUCUCGCUGUUCUGGGCGGCAUCCUUUUUCAUUAUAUGGCCAUGCAACAGUUUUUUGCUUUCGCCUUUGCAAGAGCUGAAAACGGGUGCACGGUUUUUUGA